AUCAAUGGCUUCUCGACUUGUUGGAAAGACUGUAUUAAUUACUGGCGCCUCUGCUGGUAUUGGCGAAGCCUGUGCCAAGGAAUUUGCCAUGGCUGGCUCCAAUCUGAUCUUGACUGCCCGUCGCAUUGAUCGUCUCAAGACUCUCACUGAUGGAUUUGCAAAGGAGUACCCCAAGAUCAAGGUCAUGUCUGUCAUGAUGGAUGUUCGCAACAGGACUCAGGUGUUUGAAACCAUCAAGCAACUGCCUGCCGACUUUCGUAGCAUUGAUGUCUUGGUCAACAAUGCUGGCAUGGUUAUUGGUGUUGACCAUCUCGAGAAUGUCGCACCUGAAGUUGUGGACACCAUGUUUGAUACCAAUGUCAAGGGACUGUUGAACGUCACUCAAGCGGUGCUUCCAAUCAUGAAAGAGCGCAACUCGGGCCAUAUCAUCAACCUUAGUAGUGUUGCAGGCACUCAGGCUUAUCCCGGAGGUAGUAUCUACUGUGCAACAAAACAUGCUGUUGAUGCCAUGACUCGCUCCUUGCGUAUGGAGUUGGUUGCUACGCCCAUCAAUGUUACCAGUAUUGAUCCUGGACUGGUUGAGACUGAAUUUUCAAUGGUUCGAUUUGGUGGUGACAAGGAAAAGGCUGCUGUUCCUUAUAAAGGAUUGACUCCACUCACCGCCGAGGAUAUUGCCGAGACUAUUGUGUUUGUUGCCAGCAGAAAGCCACAUGUUCAAAUCUCCAACUUACAGAUCUUUCCAACUCGCCAGGCAUCUGCUACUAUUAUUCAUCGUGAUCAGUAGAAUCGUAGUAUCAAAAUCACUUGAAAUGAAUUUCAUUCCCAGUGCC